AUCUUGGAGGUAUGUAUGGCUCUUCGUAGUCUGGCUGGGCGUAUUUUACUAACGUCUUUGAAGCUGCGCUCUAUUACUUUGCUUUCUGAUUUUCAUCUGUUUUGCUUGAAGGCCGGAUCUUCACUUCUUCGCGAUAACACGCGAACUGCUUGUCAUCAUGAAAUUCACGCUUCUCCUCUCUGCCGGCCUGGCGUCGGCAGUCAACACUGCGAGCCCGGUUGUGCCCAGGCAGAAUGCGGCCGACUUCAGUAGCAAUGCCCUCGCUAACAACAGCAAUGUGGCCAACGGCGUCAACAGCGGUCUUAAUAGUGCGUCGAAUCUCAACUCUGGGAACCUCAACUCUGGAAACCUCAACUUGGGAAACCUCAACUCUGGAAAUCUCAACCUGGGAAACCUCAACUCGGGGAACCUGAACUUGGCAGACUUGAACCUGGGCAACUUGAAUGUCGACGGUCUCGAUCUCAACAACCUCAACCUCAAUAACCAGAAUGAUCUCAUCCAGGCCAUUCUCGCCUUAAUGAACAACUUCUGCUUGAGCAACCUCCUCGACAUAAACAACAUCCAGAACCUUGGCCUCAACAACGACCAGGACCUCUUCCUGCAACUAGCGCAGCUUCAGCAGCUCCAGCAGCUUGGAUUUUUGAACAAUGGUGGCAUCCAGUCGCUGUUCUCCAGUGGUCUGGUUGGGGGCAACUUUAACCUCGGCCUUUUCAAGCGAGAGAUCGCGGAGAGCAGGAAGACCAUGAAGCGAACUAAGCUCAGGCGCGGCUCGAAGGCCAAGCGACAGCAGUGCGCCAAUGCCAAUGUCAACUCCAACGUUAACAACAAUAACAACAACAUCAGUAAUGCCAAUGCCAAUGCCAAUUCCAAUGCCAAUGCUGGUGUCAAUUCUAACGCCAACGCCAACGGAGCGGUCGCAGCGCCGGUGGCUUCCGCAGCCCCCGCAGCCGUAGCUGCCCCAGCUAAUGCCGCCACCGUGGCGCCUGCUGUCGCCUCGGCGGCGCCUGCUGCUGCUGCCGCCACGGCACUCGCGGCGGUGGCUUCUGUCGCGCCCGCCGUUGCAGCUGCGCCGGCGCCGGCGGCUUUCACCCCGAUUGCCGCCGCUGACCCAGCUGCCGCCGCCGCCUCUAUUCCGGCCGCCGCCGCAGCAGCGCCUACUGCCGCCGCCGCGGCUCCAGCAGCGCCUGCGGCUGCCGCCCCCUCUGCGGAAGCAUCUGUCGCACAGCCUGCUGCUGCCCCUGAGGCGUCGCCAGGCAGUGAGACAAACUUGUCUGACUUCACUCGCUAGAACCGGGACGAUAGGGCGGAGAGAUUGGAGAUUGGAGGAUUCCAAGAGGGGCUGUCAGCUGAGUAGGCUGACUGACAGACCCUCCUUUUUUUCGGCUCGUCCAAGAAGAUGGCCGGUUCAGGCAGAGCCGAGACGCCCAGACCGGGCCAGGCUGUUUGUUGUGUUUUGGGUGUGCCUGCUUUGAGGCUCCGGCAAAAUAGGCCAGCCCCGGUAGCCAG